CCCACGCGCCCACCAGCGGCCGCCCCCUGCUGUCGGCCCCGCCCCGGCUGCCCCGCCCCCUCUGGCUGCCCGCCCCCUCCGCCGGGGGUGGCGCCCUCGUCUCCGUCCCGGCCGUGGCCGUUUCGGUGCCCGGAUCCGGGAGCGCGGAGCUGUUCCCCGGAGCUGCGGCCGGGCUAUGACCGCCGGUUCCUGGCGCCCCGCUCCGGCCACCCCGCGCCCUCGUCCCAGCCCGGCGCCGCGGCGCGCCCCUUCCUCCGAUGGCGGCCGAGAUCCAGUCCCAGCCGCUGACCCGCAAGCCCAUCCUGCUGCAGCGGGUCGAGGGGUCCCAGGAGGUGGUGAACAUGGCCGUGAUCGUGCCCAAAGAGGAGGGCGUCAUCAGCGUCUCGGAGGACAGGACAGUUCGUGUGUGGUUAAAGAGAGACAGUGGACAAUACUGGCCAAGCAUAUACCACAUGAUGCCUUCUCCAUGUUCAUGCAUGUCUUUUAACCCGGAAACAAGAAGACUGUCCGUAGGUCUAGACAAUGGUACAAUCUCAGAGUUUCUUUUGUCAGAAGAUUACAACAAGAUGACUCCUGUGAAAAACUAUCAAGCGCAUCAGAGCAGAGUGACGAUGGUCCUGUUUGUCCUGGAGCUGGAGUGGGUGCUGAGCACCGGGCAGGACAAGCAGUUCGCCUGGCACUGCUCCGAGAGCGGGCAGCGCCUGGGAGGCCACCGCACCAGCGCCGUGGCCUCGGGCCUGCAAUUUGAUGUUGAAACCCGGCAUGUGUUUGUGGGGGACCACUCAGGCCAAGUAACAAUCCUCAAACUGGAGCAAGAUCGCUGCACCCUGGUCACGGCAUUCCGAGGACACACAGGCGGCGUGACUGCUCUCUGUUGGGACCCCGUCCAGCGCGUGCUGUUCUCAGGCAGCUCAGACCACUCUGUCAUCAUGUGGGACAUCGGCGGGAGGAAAGGGACCGCCAUCGAGCUCCAAGGACACAACGACAGAGUCCAGGCCCUGUCCUACGCGCAGCACACGCGGCAGCUCAUCUCGUGUGGCGGGGACGGUGGGAUUGUGGUCUGGAACAUGGACGUGGAGAGGCAGGAGACCCCUGAAUGGUUGGACAGUGAUUCCUGUCAAAAGUGUGAUCAGCCUUUCUUCUGGAACUUCAAGCAGAUGUGGGACAGUAAGAAAAUUGGCCUAAGACAGCACCACUGCCGCAAGUGCGGGAAGGCUGUGUGCGGCAAGUGCAGCUCCAAGCGCUCCUGCAUCCCGCUGAUGGGCUUCGAGUUUGAAGUGAGGGUCUGCGACAGCUGCCACGAGGCCAUCACCGACGAAGAACGCGCCCCCACAGCCACCUUCCAUGACAGCAAACACAACAUCGUGCAUGUGCACUUUGACGCGACCAGAGGGCGGCUGCUGACAUCUGGAACUGACAAGGUUAUUAAGCUGUGGGAUAUGACCCCCGUAGUGUCCUGAUGACACUCCCAGGAAUCAGAAGAUGUAUUUACUAAGGAAACAGUGAUUCUAAUUCAAAUCGUUACUGGAGACAUGAAGUAGCUGUGUGAGAAGUAAAAGGGAAACUAAAGCAUCUGGAUGAAUAUGCGUAUCACCCCCACGUACAGUGGUGAACCGGUGAAUUACCACUUGCAAGGGGACUCUUUCAACUUGUUCAUAAAAUAUCAAAGAAGGUAUUUUUUUAACAAACGGUUUAUACAAUAGUCUGGCUGAGCUCUGUUGUUUUGCAUAUCCUGAAAAAUCUGUGUAGGGAGUUUAAUUGCUGUAUUUUUCAACAGUUCAUGUUACUUGUUGCUUUCUGUGUCGGAGACACGAGGGAAGUGUCAGGGUGUUCCUGGUCAUUAUAAAGUCGUGGUGGUGUUUUCUUCUCGUCAGCGCGUGUCAUGUGGUAUCACUCUCCCAUCUUUUCUCCGCCUCUCCUCUCGCCUUCAUCUGCCGUUGCCUGGAGUCAAAGUCUUUACGCUCUGUGUUCACAAGGUUUCGGCUUUCAUAUCCUCUUCAGCAGAGAUUGGGGAAAAAAACCACUCGUGGUGAAUCGCCCGAGGAGUGAUCUGUUUGUGUAAUGCCUGAUGUGUUCAUCUCCUCGUUGCAUAGAAAUGACCCUGGGUUUCUGCUUCCAUUUUCUCGGCCUUUCCCACAUUUAAAACUGGGAGGGAGAAAGCUGCUGCCACCCAUUGCCACCCCAGAAGUAGAUUAUUAUAACCCAGCUACAGCUGGCGGUGCCUGCGGGUCAUUUAGAACACAGCUGGAGCCUCCUGGGCCUUUUACCUUUCAGUUUUAUUGACGCAGCUUCCCUUCACCCAUAAUAUUAAAAACAGGCAAAAAUGUUACACGCUUCACAAGCAGGUAUCUUUAAGAUGUCUGUGAGACGUCACCUCCAACCUUGACCGUAGCCAUUACUGUGAGCUCGUCAUCCUGCUCAUUCCUCAGUCUGUGUGUCUUUCCCUUUAAGAACCAAGUAUUCAGACCUUUGUAUCCUAAUGUAGUUUCUCAGAACAUUCUGCACAGCUGCCUGCUAAACCCAUAUGUGAGCCGAGACUUAAAGGCGCUGUCUCUCACGGCUCACACUGUAUCGCUGUCAUGAAUGUAAAACAGGGCACAAGAAAAUGAGCCCGAAGGACCCUUUAUUUCUAAGGGAAGCCAGUCAAACUUGAUUAAGCGAAAUAUUCCGUCUGCCAUGACAACUCGGGAUACUGAACUCCUUUUUAGAAACCUGUUUUCACCUGCAAAAAUAAAAUUAAACAAUAGUGGCAAACACGUGGCUGCCCCAUUCUAAGCACUUUACAUGUCUCCCCUCCCUCCCCCCUUUUCAGUCCUGUCCUGGAGGGAGCAUGGGGGUACGGGGACGCUACGUCUCCUGGGAUCACCAAGGUAAAGAAAAUCUAGCACACGAACAGGCCAGCUGCCUGCCCUCCCCGUCCAACCCCACCUCCGCAAUGUCUGGAUCACUUCUGACUUGACAAAUUUUUGCUGGUAGUAUUUGAGUGAAAUUGAAAUCAUCCUUUUUUUUUUUCUCUUUUCCUGGAAAGCAGAUUUCCCCCCUUUCUGAUCAUUAAUUACUUUCUUUUUCCAACCAAGGGAAGCACUACAAGCCACACUUGGGUACCGCCCCUAACGCUGACAAAGUGGGCUUCUUGGGCACACGGCUUCCUGGAGAUGGUUGUGCUCCCUGGCACCAGGACACAGGGCAGCGUGUGUGUUCUGGGCAGCCACAUUCUCUGACAGUGACAGUGACAUCAGCCCCGCUCAGCCCACGUGGCCAUAAUUCUCAAGACAUAGAGACACACACACACGCGGACGCGAUUGCCACUUCCCAACACGCUGACCCCUUCCAUGCCAUCAGUUAGAGCUGAUAUAACUACCUGAGUCUUCUCUGCAUGAUUGCUCUGUGAGACAGCUUUAAAAAGGGAAUUAUUGUCUCUCUUGUGGUUUAUUACUAGAACCUGCAGCCACUUGUAUAUUAACUUAUAAGAAGCAGUGUGUUGGAAAUGAACAGAAAUGGAUUGCUCUGUUUUCUCUUCCUGAACUUUGGAACCUGGCUUGCAGACAGAUAGGGACGUGCAGUAGAUCGGGCACCCGGCAAGCUGAGCUCUGACCUCACUCGGGAAGCUGGGUGGUCCCGUGGGUCUCUGGCCAGCAUGUGGUUUCGGGCCUGAGACCUGCACACCACUCCCGCCGUCUCCCUUCCCGGCCCGGCCAUCCCCCAGCCCACAGAGCCACCCAGAGGGGUAAACCCCUGGAAACCUCCCUGGUGACCAGUCGUGGUCAACAGCCACUGGUAGGCCAAGUUAUCCACAGCCCUGCCCUUUCCUUUCUCCUCAUCUCUUCUGGGGUACUUGAAUUUGGUGAGAAGUUCUACAAACCAAGUAUGUAUCUUUGUAAUACUGUGAAUUCUUGAGUUUUACAUUAAAUGUCUUCACCAUUUUUGUAAUUCACAGAGAAAUAUUUGCUGGUGUUGGUUGUCUUCCGAGCAUGUUACAGAACUGGAGGCUUCAUUCAUUAGGAGUGGAAGCUGGUACCAGCCCUUGGCUUUCCUCCUCUCUAGGUUAAUUCAUCAGACGUCUUGUUUUACCGUGUUGGAAUUGCACUUUACAUGUAUUUUCGCUCCAUAAUCUUGUUGCAGCUCUGGCGAGUCAUGCCUAACAUGGCUAAGCUGGGAAAGUGGCAAAACUGCACAUACCAGAUAUGUAGUUGAUGUCUAUUUAGCAGAACAAAAUCAAUCAUAUGCGCUCAGUUUCUCCAAAGGAAUGCUGCCACUGGAGCCUUCAACUUCCCGGAUGUAAAUCUCCACAGUAGCAAAAGUAGUUUUAGAGAAAGUACUUAGAAUCGUACCUCCUUUCAUAUGUGGUCAGUCAACCAUGAUCAGUUUUCGGAAUGUGUUUCUCAACUUGAUUGUUUCAAUUAUUCCGAGAACCGUAGACUUACAAGAACCGGAAGGGAUCUUCAGAGGUCUAGAAUGUUCUAAGCACAGAACACUUCAGUCAUCCCAGUAGGGUAGAUGUCACCGAAGUGGAAACAAAAGAACCUAAGGAGAGAACUCAAGGCACAGUUGUCUCUGCACAUCACUGGCAGUGGCGUGAGCGGGAAGCCUUGAGACGGGGAGCUCGGGGAACCAGGUAGCUUCCUCUCGUCACACGUGUAUUUGUCACUUCUUCUGGCCCCAGCCCUGUGGUAUGUGGGGGCAGGUGCUGUGCCAUCAGGCGGCUGCCGCCAGGUCUCAGUCAGCAUAAACUGCACACGCUUCUCUACAGACCACCCCAGUGGCAGGAUUUCAGUGGAAAUCCAGGGGUGCAAUAAAUGCCCGCGGUUUGUCCGAAGGCUGGCCUGCAGCAUUUGCCUUACUUACAGAAGGGGUGUUACCUUUGUCUUCUGAGCUUCAGUUUUUAAAAAGCAUAAUUUAUUUUUGUUUAACAUUAAUCAAGGUUUAAAGCCUGAAUUUUGACUUUUAAGCAAAAGGAUCGCGCUAAACUAUGUAUCAGAUUUACCGGACAAAAAUAUUCAUUAGAUGAGAUUCAUUUGGUUUUGUCUUUUCAUAAUAGUUUAAUGUAUGCAGAUGACCUUGUUGGCUAAGAUUUAUGAUUUAAAGUGAAAGUGCUUUGCCAAAGCAUUCUUAUUUUUCCCUCCUUUAACAUAAGUUUAAGUUGAUUUUUUUCCUGAUAUGGAAGUGAUUAUCUAGGAACUUGACUGGAAGACACAGAAAUUAAGUCCCUUUUGAACACUGAGCUAUCUGGAUGAGCCUGAGAUUGUAGCCAACCAGCCCCCUUGCCCACUGUGCACCAGUCUUUGAACUAGGUAGAGGUUAAGAGGUCUCCGAGGCCCCUUCCCUGGCCUGGCCAUUGGAUCAUUUCAGGGUAGAUGCAGUGAUAAAAGUGUGUUGGGGUGUGGGGCUCCUACCCAGGGAGUUAGACAGGGCGCCCCCAACCCAGCGGGUGGGGCAGGAGGGUCUUGCAAAGGUGAGGACUCCUGAACUGGCUGCUACAGGCUGAGUAGGAGGGAGGGGAGGGAAGGAAAUGGCUUUCCCGGCUGCAGGAGCAGCGUCAACGUAAGACCCUGGAUCUGGAAACAGCCGGGGUGCUGGGGGCCCACAGGUGGUGUGGAGUUGCCUGAAAGUAUCAGGGGCAUCUGCUGCAGUCCCAGCACCCACUCUCUGGUUGCCCAUAGACACUGAUGUGCCGUGGCUGUAGAGAGGCUCGUCCCUCGUUUCAGAGUCGAGUUUUCCUGCAGCCUAUGCCAAUAUUGAAUGGAAAUGCCUAGAACUGUGGUGACUAAUUUUUGAACGUUCUGUGUACAUAGCCCUUCCCAGGAUGUGUGGUGUUUAGCUGGAGAUGUUACCCACUGCGGCCCUUGACUUGGAGGAACUUAGAGAGAAAUGGGAUUAUACAGGCAGCUGGGCUCAGCUGCUCCGCUUUGAAAAAGGCAAGACCCCGAACCGUGACGAAGGAGAUUGUUCUAGACAGCUGCUGGCAGCACCGAGUCGUCCGGGCCUGUGCAGGCAGCUGCUGCCCUCCGUUUCCUUCUUGGCGUUAGCUGGUUCUUGCAGGAAUGUGAUAAAUCCUCACCCUAGUGGCCAAGUGGAACCAAAAGCUCUUUCUCAAUUUAGUUACAGGAAAAGGGCUUGGGCAGCCACCUGCCAGCGAGUUCUGGCUCUGCAGAGGCAGGAGCAGCCCAGCAGCCCACCGCAGGGGCUUUGCCCUCUCUUUCUUGCUAUUACAUCCCUUUGCCUUUGGCAGGACCCAUAAAAACCAUACAUCCAUAACAUAAUUUAGUGACAUCCCUGUUCGUGUGGAAACUUUAGCUCGGCUUUACAACCAAGAACUAUGAACUUAUCACCCCUCAGGAUUCUUUGUUUGUAUUUGCCUUUAAACACAAUCUUUUCCACAGAGAAGCCUAUUUUGGUCUAUUACAUGCAUGUAAUGUCUAACAAUUGCGUCUGUCUGAAACUGGCAUGGGAUCCCUGCAUUUCCCGUGCCAGGGAAUUUUUUGAGCAGACAGGAGAUGGCAGAGAUGUCGAGAAGAUCAAAGCUCUGAACGAGGGUUCAAUUUAAAUGAUCAUUCUUAGUCCCUUCCUAUCCUGAGAGUCUGUGAUUGCACGAGUGUUGUUCAUUGUUAGACCAACCUAAACCAUUCCCAGGGAUGUGGCCGGCCUAACUCAGAUGAAAGAGAGUGUCUCAUAUCAAGUGAACCACUUUCUGGAUUUUUCCGUCUAGAACCUAGAAGGCUUGGUUUCAAAAAAGAUGGUGAAGUUUGAAGUUAAUCACAGAACCAUCUCAUUAAAAACAGAUACCCCAGAUGCUCACCUUUAUGAGUCAAAAACCAUAGCGGACGUUCUCAGGAGAAGCCAUGACAGGGAAUUGUGAACUGAUUUAAAGGUUAGACUUACAACUGACCUCAGUAUUCAUGACUUUUCCCAUCCCCUCCCCACCGUUUUUCUGGGCUCUCUGGGAAGCAUGAGAGGGUGAGCUAUUACUAAUAAAUAGGGAAUGUGGUUUGAGAACAGUGUUUCACUUGUACACACCCUGUGUUAACCCUCUGCGUGAGCGGCUGCCCUGGGUCAGGAGCAGACGCCAAUUGGAGUAUGGGCCAAAUGUCACGUCGCUGUUGACCAUCCUACUUUUCUAUAUUUGUGUUUUUUGCCAUUUGUCUUCCUUUUAAGUGACUUGUUUUUCAACUCAUUGUCACUUUGCUAAAGAAAACCUUUAUAUGAAAAGUACAAAAAGUUACUCGAGUGGACGGCGGGGAGGGUGCCAGCCCAUGCUUCUAUGUUUGUCAUGCGUCCGUCACCAGGGACGCAGACUCUGCUGUCCUGCACGCCCACCGAAGGCUGUGGCCAUGUCUGAAAGUGGCGGCAGUGGGCAUUGAGUUUAUCUUUUUCCAAGGGGUCAGGCUGAGACCGUCCUAAGCCUGAUGCUGGGGCAGGUUUCUCCGAGGUGUUUCCAGCUGCCCUGCUCCGGCCUCUGCUGUGUUCCCUGCCACCAGGAGUCUCCAAGUAGACCAGCCAGUCGUGGCCUUGGCCAUCCAUUGUGCGCCCCGGGGGCAGUCAGCAAGAACUUCCUCCUGGGUUAAAAUGCCUGUCCGCAGCUGUAUGUUCAAAUGCUGCUGGAGAUCGUGAAUGUUUCUUCCCUGUUCACUCUCCCCGGUAUGUCUCUCUAAUGUACGUGUGGCCAUUCUCCAGGCAAAGCUGUCUCCGUGGUUGAAAAUAAAUCUCUGUGAAAACCGU